AAUGUUUUACUUGCGGCACGAUGAUGUUUCCUGGCAAGUGAAAGACGGUGGGAGGGGGGAUUCGAAUGGCAGGCAUCGGUAACAGAGAUGUGUCUGUCGAGUCUGAUAUAAAUUAGUUAAAAAUUGCAACAACAGAGAAUCGGAAGUGGACUCGAUGUCGGAGGCCUCGUAGGGGUAUUCGAGUGGGUAGCGCCCAUCUUUGUUUAAACAGUGUCCGUUUCUUUUAGUGCGAGCAAUCUGAUAAGGCCCAUUUGGAUGCGAGCAGAAAGAAGCGGCCGCCUCGGAGUUUAAGGGAAUAUGUAACAGAAAUUACAAUGACAUCGAGAUUUGGGAAAACUUACAGUCGAAAGGGUGGGGAUGGAAAUUCGAAAUUCGACGAGGUCCUGUCCAACAAAAGGGCCACUCUCAGCACCAAAUGGGGCGAAACAACUUUCAAGGCUCAGCUGGGCUCCAAGCGUCCGAAUCUCAAGCCCGAUUUGACAGAUACCCCAAAGAAAGCCAGGCCCAGUGAGGAAGAAGAUACCGAGGACCCUUUUGGUUUUGACAGCGAUGAUGAGUCCAAACCUGUGACCUCACGCAGUUUUCCUUCAGCCAAGCCUCCCCAAAGCAAACUGGUACCAGCUGAACCAGCUCGAGCAGAAAGGCCAGUGCUUCAGCAGGAGUACAACAGCCAUGUAAAUAUAUCCGAUUCCUUUGACCCAGGUGUCCUGUCCUCUACUCAAAAUGAUAACAAGAAUGCAUACAGUGUUUCUGUGGACUUCAGCAGCAAGGUCUUCAACAACGCACCUACAGACAAGGCAGUGCACACAUGGUCCUAUGAAGGUACGGAGAAGCAAACCAACACAUGGUACAAAAAUGCUUCAGAAAAGGGGAAGAAAGCAGUGCUGCAGUCCCCUAGUUUAAAGAUGGACACCAAGAACACUCUGGAGAGCUGGAACUCUGCAGGAGGUGAUUUGAGGCCAGCCCUCCCUGGCAUUGAGACUUUUAAAGGCAGUGACUCAAUGUGGUUGACCAGUUAUUGGCAGGAAGAUGACAAAGGGCACGCUGAGGAAGAAGUGCCCUCUUAUGUGGAGGGGAACACAAAUAGCAAUGAGUUCAGCCAGGAGGAAGUUGGCUUACCUGCAGGAAACUCAGAGUCUGAAGACCUCACCCAGUCUCUUCUCAGGCCCAACAACUGCCGAACGUAUCGGCGGCCCAACAAAUGUCAACAGGCAGCAGGUACGGGGAACGGCAGCGGUAACUUACCUCAUGGCACGGGGGGCCAGGAGCUUCCAAAAGCCGGCUGCGGGACCGGCACGGCGGACGGCAAAUCUGGUGCCAGGGGUCGGAUGAGAGACUACACUGUGCUCCACCCAUCCUGCCUGUCGGUGUGCAAUGUCACCAUCCAGGAUGCUUUGGACCGGAGCAUAGAGGAGUUCACUGCUGCUCCAGCUGACCUUGGGGAGGCAGGCAGGCUCAGGAAAAAAACAGAAAUGGCCACGGCCAAACCUACCAGGUUCAGGCCCUCUCAAGCGAAAUCCAAAAAAGAGAGCAAGCUGGAGUUCUUUGGAUUCGAGGAGAAUGAGGGCCAGGCGGUGGAAGGAGAUCCUAUGUCCUCUGGGAGCAGCAACUACAAGAUCAAGUACUUUGGUUUUGACGACCUGAGCGAGAGCGAGAGCGACAGCGACGAGGACGACGAGGCCGCAGAGAAGAGGAAGGCGAAGAAGGCGAGGGCAGCAGCGGCGGCGGCGGCGGCGGCCGCCGGAGCAUCCGGCGUAGCGGCGAGUGUGACCCUGUCAGCUGCUGUACACAGUCCACAGCCUGGUGAUUCCCAGGCCUACCGGACAGAUAAUGUGGAAUUCUUAGUUGACUCCUGCCCUGCUGCACUAGAGGCACCAAAGAAACCACAGGGAAAGCAGCUGGAGAAAUCGAAAGACUGCCGGAGGAUUUUCAGUGGCCCCAAAAAGGUACGGUUCAUGUCGCCCCGAGAUGUUUUCUGCGUUCCUUUUCACUGCAUUACCUUGUUCUCAGCUGGCCCUGUGCUUUGGCAAGCUGUAGUGCUUAAACGAAAUAUUUCAAAUGCAUUGUCCCCACUGCACUUGUUGAUUCAUGCGUUAGAUAGUUUGAUGCCAGUAACGUUGUUUAGAUACUUUAACAUUAUCAAAAUGUCUGCUAUUGUGCUUUUGUUACAGACGGGACAUUUAGCCAUGGAGACUUUAUUGUCCCUGACCUCAAAGAGGGCAGGUGAUUGGUUCAAAGAGGAGCUGCGCUUGCUUGGAGGCCUGGACCAUAUUGUAGACAAAGUGAAAGAGUGUGUUGAAAACCUAAGUGAAGAAGAUGACAAGGAGAACCUGGGUGCAUCUUUAUGGGGAGCUGAGAGGUGUCUCCGAGUGCUUGAAAGUGUGACUGUGCACAACCCAGAGAACCAGAACUACUUGAUAGCUUACAAGGAAUCUCAGCUCAUUGUCUCUUCUGCCAGGGGCCUGCGGCACUGCGAGGCCAUGAUCCAGCGCUAUAGCUGCCAGGUGGACUCAGCGCCGCGCCGAGCGCUUUGCCGCUUCAGCAGCGUAGGCAAGGCCGUGGAGGACUGCAUGAGGGCCAUCAUUGGGGUUUUGCUCAACCUCACCCAUGACAACGAAUGGGGAAGCACCAAAACUGGGGAGCAGGAAGGCCUCAUCAUAACAGCCUUGAACUGCGUGUUGCGGGUCCCUCAGUAUCUACCUCAGGAGCAGAGAUUCGAUAUCAGAGUACUGGGCCUGGGUCUGCUGAUCAAUCUAGUGGAGUAUAGUGCCAGAAACCGGCACUGCUUGGUGGAGAUGGAGGUGGACACUGUACCCUUCGAUUCCAUCUGCGUGGGAGAAGGGGAGGAGUUGAAGACGGAGGGCUCCUUUACUGCCAUUUCGUCCUUGGUUCAGCUUUUUCUCCAGCGAGAGCGGGCAGCGUUGCUGGCCGAGACCGAGACGGACGACUUCAUCAGCGACGCACCUAAACCGCAGCCGGAUCAAAGCGGCGAAUGGCAGGAAACUUCUGGAGAGAUCCAAUGGGUCGCCUCUGAGAACAAUGACAAGGCUGAUAACAAGGAAAAGAAAGAGGAGGAAGAAGAGGAGCUGGACCUGAACAAAGCUCUCCAGCAUGCUGGGAAGCAUAUGGAGGACAGUAUUGUGGCUUCAUACACUGCACUGCUGCUGGGCUGCCUCUGCCAGGAGAGUCCUAUGAAUGUGACUGCUGUGAGGGACAUUUUACCAAAAGGAGAUUUCUCAAUAAUGACAGAAAUGCUCAAGAAGUUCUUGAAUUUCAUGAAUCUUACAUGUGCUGUGGGCACGACAGGGCAGAAGUCCAUCUCCCGGGUUAUUGACUAUCUUGAACACUGUUAGCAGCUUGGUCCCUUUGCCCGUGUCAGCAUCACUUGCCUGUGGUAGAUGGUAACAGGGAAGAACCACCAGAUAGGUCAGCACCCAUUUAUCAUCGGCGAAAUUUCAAGGACUUUAAAAUUAAAUAAUCUGUAACUGAUCAUUUUUAUUUCAGCUUUUUACCUGUAUUUUUUCUGAGUUUCAGAAACCAACUCGGUGUAUAAAGUUUUUCAAAAUUCCGUGGCUCAGCAGGGGGAUGGGAUCUGUAUGUAGUGAAAUGUUUACAUUUUUUAAUCUCUCUGAACUCUCCUGUAAUUUAGGUGCAAAUCCUACUAUCCCCUGAAAUAAUUUAUUGUUUUGUUAUGAAGCAGUAAUUAUCAGCUAAUUUCAAUUGUGAAAGGUUUUAAGCUUAUACAUAUAAACUAUUAAAAACAAGCAGGAUUUUUUUUUCCCAGUACUGUUAAAGCUUUUGUCCCCAUCGCGUAAAUGUAGAUCAGGAAUUUCUGAAUGGGUAAAUGUUUGAUAUUUAAUUUGUUUUAUCUUGAGAGAAGGUUGAGUAAUAUUUCCGUUUGAUGCUGAUCUUUGUGAACUCUGCAUAUGCUGGUAAAUAAACUGUUCCAUUGAAGCUUCAUCUAUUUGCACAGGGAAACAAAUCUAGCAUUCAAGGUGUCAUUAGUGAUAUGUUGCAGUACACGCCAGAAGCUAUUUUAAUGUUCUUUUUGCCUUUUUGUUCUCCCUCUCUGAUUAGUUGUUUAAAUACCAGUAAAGUUGUAAUGCUAGGAUUAAGUAAACCCUAUGAAACCAGUGUCACCUUUAUAUGGACCAUUUUCAUAGGGACACAUUUCCAUAUGAUGAUCUCAGUGAGGUAAUAAAAACUUAGACUAUGUGGAACAUUCAUGCAAGAAUUCCCAUUUCUGAUUGGUCCCUUUUCCGAGACUUGUGUUUUGGCAAUACAGUUGAAUGAGUUGGAUCAACUUUUUAGCGUUUCAGAGUUGACUGGGGAAAAAAAAGAAUGUUUGUCAUUUUGUACUGUUUGAAGAGAAUGUCUUUACAAACCUGGACAUUAACACUAGCUAGCAUGAUCUGAAGUCCGACCAGCUGUUAGCUGCCUCACAUUGGUUGCGUAUAGUUGGGAGACCGGAUGCGUCAUCGUCUCUGUUGCUCGUUAUGUCAGCAGCAGAAUACAUGCUAGUCAUUUAUGGAAAGCAUCUUGCCAGAAUCAAUGUUCUUGGUUCAGGCCAAAGAGGGAUUCACCGUUGUGAAUUAUGUGACUAGUUGAACAUUCACUUUUUGUCCCGGAAUUAAAAUGCUGAACCGUUAAGUAAGUGUUACUCAUCAGUUAAAGGUGAGAGGUUGAGGCUGUUUUAGGUUGUUCUGAUUUCUCGUCAAAGAUCAAAACAUUUCUAAAAUUAAAUAUAUGAACGGUGCAAGGAAAGACUAUUAUCCCACCCCUCCGUUACACCUAACCUGCUGUUGUGGAGCUUUUUAUCAUUAUGAUGACCUUCAAUAUGAAGAACUCUUUCAUUUUAAAUUCAUUUAAGAAUUUUUAUAUUUAUAAAUGUAAUUCUGCUCAGUCACUGUCUUUUAUGGCAUAGCAUUAGUUUUUAAUCUCACUAGUUCAUAAUGUAAGACCAAACAGAACUGUUGGUUAGUGAGGGUCCUCAGGCCACUCAGACUCUGUUCAAAUCUUUGGCGGGUUCUUUAUUUUUCUUUCUAUUUUGUAUGUUGUGUCUUUCCAGCCUUAUGUUUCUGCAGUGCAGAGGCCUUGUCCGUACCCCAAUUUUCAGAUUUAGCAGUAGUGUAUACAUACCUACUAAUAUAUUGCCAGAACCGCUACCCAGAAUGAGAGGAACACACAAGUUCCCUCUGUCUCGCACCCCAAGUUGACCUCUGUAAGCUAAGCGUACAAGCAGUUUACUUAGAGUAUGAUUUCAAUAUGAAUGGAAAGCAAAUUGUUGUACAUAUAUAUGUAAAUAUUGGUUAUUGGGAAUUAGAAUUGUAGAAUACUUUUCUGAAUCCAAUCCUAUUUUUAUUUUUUUACAGUAUUUCUCAUUUAUUUGACAAAGUAUAAAGUCAACUGCAGGACAAAGUUUGUACCAGUUUCAAGAAUGUUAUGUGUAAAUAAUUUUAACUUCAAUAAAAAUUGCUACUUUCGGUAUACUUUUUUUCUCUUUGUAGCCCUUUUUCCGUGUAUGGGAGUGUAUUUUUGAUAGCAUGUCUUUCUGCCUAGCUGCCAAAGUGGAGAAGUUACAAUAAAAUUAUUUGAAAAGGA